AUGAGCUUUGCAACAAGUAGUAUUUUAUCUGAACCAAUUCAAUUUCAAAGAAAAAAAGAAGGCUUUCAAAAGACCCAAAACGAAAAUCAAAAAUUCUCAUGUGUAUCACACUCUUCAUUAGGACCAAUGACACCUAAGAAAAAACCAGGAUCCUUACUUCAUUACCAACACAAAUUCAAUACUACUGUUUAUUGUAAUCCAAUAACUUCUAAGAAGGACAAAACAACUAAAGAAAAUAAUUAUCCAGCUGAUUUAGAUGAUGAAGACCUUGAAAUUUUAGAUAUUUUAUUAGCUAUUGACUCAAAAGAAAGUGAAGAUACAUAUUUAGAUGAUUAUGAACGCUGUAAAAAUCCAGGUAUGUGCCUAUCAUUAUUUUCAUUUAGUCAUUAA